ACUGAACCAAACCAACCCACACGUGCCCACCUUACCUUUCAUCUUCUUCUGCCGGAUCUCUUCGGAGAAAAAAAAGAAAUUUUUUGUCAGAGUGUGUCCUGAGUUGCAAACAUGGCCGAAUCGGUGGAGCUACCGAGUCGCCUCGGCAUCCUUCCCUUCCGUAACAAGGUCCUCUUACCUGGCGCCAUCAUUCGAAUUCGAUGCACUUCGCCCAGCAGUGUGAAAUUGGUGGAGCAAGAGCUGUGGCAGCGGGAAGAGAAGGGAUUAAUUGGCAUUCUUCCAGUUCGUGAUGCUGCCGAGUCGACAACAGCUGUAGGCCCUGUGUUAUCUCAAGGCGUGGGAAGUGAUUCCGGAGAGAGGAGCUCAAGAAUUCAAGUGGGUACAUCUGAUUCUCAGAGGCUUGAUGUCAAAAAUCAACAGGAAAUUAUUCAUUGGCAUACAAGGGGAGUUGCAGCUCGUGCUUUACAUUUGUCAAGAGGAGUGGAAAAACCGAGUGGGAGGGUCACAUACAUAGUUGUCCUUGAAGGUUUAUGCAGAUUCAGUGUCCAGGAACUUAGCACUAGAGGAACAUAUUAUACUGCACGAAUAUCUCCUCUUGAAAUGACAAAGGCUGGUAAGUUGUUGGUUACGUUCUCCCCUGUGUAA